AUGCUCACGGUCUACCUAUCUGAGCAAGAAGUCCAACAGUACCUCGACAUUGUCCCACCCGGCUCGGUCAGGAUCGCAUGCUACAACGGCCCAAGGUUCUUGACCCUCUCCGGAGACCAGGAAGCUAUCAUCGGCAUCGAGAAGGAGCUCAAGAGGAAAGGUCUCACCAGCCACCUGGUCAACGUCCAAGCAGCCUACCACUCGCACCACAUGAACGCGAUAGCCGGCAGCUACAGCCAAGCGAUUGGACAAAUAGAUAUGCAGAUGCCGCCCGUCGAUGGGGCCAAGAUGUACUCGAGUUAA